AUGGCUGUCUCCUUCCAUGUUCGAUCAAACAGUUACCCCUCUAGACUUCACCCUCAAGCUGCCCAUGUCGAUGAGAAAUUGGCCCGAUUGAGAUCUAUUGAGGAAGCCUCAACAUCUACAAGCUCUUCUAUCUGUCAAAGACUUGAAAACGUUCAAGAGCUUCACGAGGCUCUUGACAAGCUUAUUCGUUUACCAGUUACCCAGCAUGCUCUAGCUCAAGAGCAAAACAAGAAAGCUGUCGAGAAGCUUCUUGAUGGAUCCCUUAGGAUCUUGGAGUUAUGCAACACAUCCAAGGAUGCUUUGUCUCAGAUGAAAGAGAGUCUCAUGGAGAUCCAAUCAAUUUUAAGAAGAAAGCGUGGUGAUCUGUCUGGAGAGGUGAAUAAAUACUUAACCUCAAGAAAAUCCCUCAGGAAGACAUUUCAGAAAGUACAAAAGUCUUUGAAUGUUGCACAAACCGGAGACAACAGCGUUGAAUCUUUGGCUGUCUUUGGAGAAGCAGAAGCUGUUACAAUGACCCUGUUUGGUUCUCUGUUUAGCUACAUGUCUGGAUCAAAGACUUGUGGCAAAUGGUCAGUUGUCUCAAAGCUAAUGAACAAGAAGAAAGUUACAUGUGAAGCGCAAGCGAACGAAUUCACAAGGGUUGAUUCCGAAAUCCAGUCUGAGAAGACAUUGAAGAUGGAGGAUGUACAGAUCCUAGAGUCAUGCAUUCAAGAUCUUGAAGAUGGAAUUGAAUCACUUUCAAAGUCAUUGAUCAAAUACAGAGUCUCAAUUCUUAACACCUUAGGCCAUUAA